AUGGACGGCACGAUCCCCGUCAGCAUCGAUUCGCGGUCGAUACGAUCGUCGCGCCCCGUCUCCUACCUCACCCGCGCGGGCAUCGCCGCGUCGUACCCUCUGCGCGGCAUUUGGUACUUUCUUCGCAACAAGGAGUUCUGGCCGCUGUUUAUGGGACGGCUGCUGCCGCUGUCGCUCAUCUCGUUCCUCGUGUACCUCGUGCUCUUCACCUUUGCCUUCCUGCCGCAGUAUGCCUUUCUCGCCAUCUGGCAGGGCUGGGGCGCCUGGGUGAACGCCCUGGUCUUGACUCUGGGCGAGGGCCUCGUCAUUAUACAGGGCCUGUUUGAGGGCUUCUUUGUGGACGAGUGCCGCGUCGAUGUGUUCGAUGCCACCUUCCUCAAGCUCGGCCUGAGGGACCUCGUCGCGCCCAGCCGCAUCCUCUUCGACGAUGCGCCCGACGCGGUCAAGAGCCUCGGCAAGCCGACGUCCCCGGCCAUAUACACGCCUUGGAGCAUCAUCCAAAUCGUUGAGCUCAUCGUAUUCCUCCCUCUCAACCUAGUGCCCAUCGUCGGCACGCCCGCCUUCAUCAUCAUCACCGGCACGCGGCUCGGCAAGCUGUCGCAUUAUCGGUGGUUCCAGCUGCGCGGGCUGUCCAAACAGGAUCAGAAGCGCGAGAUUAGGAGCCUCACCUGGGACUACAUCUUCUUCGGCACCGUCGCCAUGAUCUUGGAGCUGAUCCCGGUGCUGUCCUUCCUUUUCCUCCUGACUACGACGGCGGGGUCCGCCAUGUGGGCGGCGCGCAUGGAGGACGAGAGGCACCGCGGCCGCAGGCCUGCGGUUGACUCGCACUUUGUCGACAACGAGCGGCCAUCCCAGCCGCCUCCAGAGUACUCUGACAACGCUGCUUGA